AUGUAUAACGAGAACAGAAGCAGAAAUGAAGAAAAUGACAAAAAAUCUAAUCAGAGAAGCGAAACGAAUGGGUUUAGCGAUCAACCAAGAGAAAACGAAGUUUAUGAAGAUGGAAACAAAACAAACCCCAGCAAAACCACUGAACUAACUACAGAAGAAGGAACAACAUACGAAUUCGAAGAAGUAAAUAGGUUCAAAUAUCUAGGAGUAGUAAUUACAAACAAAAACGAAAUGAACGAAGAGAUAGAAGAACGGAUCGCGAAAGCAAACAAGAGUGUAGGAAGAUUAAACAGAUUUCUGAGGAGUAAGAAUGUAACACGACGAACAAAGAAACAAGUAUAUAAGACAAUAGUAAGACCUACAGUCCUGUACGCUAGUGAAACAUGGACGCUAACGAACGAAAAGGAACAGAAGUUGGAAGUAUGGGAACGCAAGAUACUACGAAAGAUAUAUGGAGGUAUAAAAGAACUAGACCAAUGGAGAAGAAGAACAAACCGAGAGAUCGAGUAA